CUGCAGUGGAACCUUGGCGAGUGUGGACGCGUUUUUCGGUACUUCUUGCAGACCACACACUCUCAUUCACACCGCACGAUUCUACCCAUCCCUUAGGCACACACCUACACUCCUCCUCACACAAGCACAUGCACAGACAAACAUACACUAAGGUCCAAACAAAAAAAGAGUGCUGCUAAAUACAAAUCAAUCUUCAUUCAUCCGAAGUCGUUUUCACCGUUCGAGAAGCAGACACAACAUUCACCUGGAACAAGAUUUAUCAAUUUCGUCGAGAUUAAUCGUGGUUCAAGCUAAUCGAAUGUAAUUUGUCUGCAUCAAAUCAGUGCUCUGUGGUGGAAGUUUGUGAAAAAGUUAUUGGAUACAAGUGUUAUGUGACCGCCGCAUAACACCAAUUCGUAACAUCUCUGGAAUAUCGUGAUUGAUACUGCAGUAAAGAACAGCAGUAAAAGUGGUUCAAAGUUUGGGUCUUUCCUCCCAAUUCUUCCCACAUUAAGGGGGUGGUGACGACGGUCAAGGAAAAGUUUUUUUCUUCGCAGAGCAAAAAGGGAUAAUUAAAUGCUGUUUUGUAGCAACGUUGACCAUCAGCAGAGUCAGUACUUCUCCGCUUGACCAGCAUCAGUAGACUACGAGGAAAAAAAAGGUUGUAAAACAAGCUCAUUUGCACGCGAACUGAACAACUUGUCCUUUGGGAAAUUUGACGCACUCCGCAGGGCCAUCGCAAGGAUCACCCUCACCUGGUCAGUCUGUAAUAACAAGCUUGCCCGAGGUUUGCUGAUUUCACCAACAUGGACGGAGGUGGAGGCAAAAAGAACACCGUGUCGGAGUUUAGCUACAUGCUGCAGAGACAAGGCAGCGAUGAUUCAACCGAGGCCGCCGCAUUCGACGAUAUCAACUCGCUGAUGAAGGCUGAAGCUCAGGCCGCCGCCACCCAGGAGGACAGCUUAUCGUCACUUCCGCAGGCAUCCUUCAACUACAUCAACUCGAUCGUCGGCAGCGGCGUGAUAGGCAUCCCGUACGCCCUGCACCGGGCCGGCUUCGGUCUGGGGCUUUUCCUGCUCGUAAUUGUGGCUGUGAUAACGGAUUACUCGCUCAUACUGAUGGUGCGGUGUGGCCACCUCAGCGGCAGGUUCAGCUAUCCUGGCGUGAUGGAGGCCGCGUACGGCAAGACCGGCUACUAUCUGCUCUCGCUGCUGCAGUUCAUGUACCCGUUUCUAGCCAUGAUAUCGUACAACGUGGUCGUCGGUGACACACUUUCCAAGGUCCUGGUGCGGCUGGUGCCCUCCUGGGGCACCUCGAUGGGGGCGGUCCGCUUCGGCGUAGUGCUGGUCGUGACGGCGUUCGUGGUAAUACCGCUCUGUCUGUACAAGAACGUGUCCCGGCUGGCAAAGGCGAGCUUCCUCAGCUUGGCGUGCGUCGUCAUCAUCCUGGUGGCCAUCGUCUACAAGCUGCUGGCGGGGGAUUACGACGUCGUACCCAACACACCGGAAUCGUGGCGAUUUGCCCACAGCGAUCUCAUCCCGGCCGUCGGAAUAAUGGCUUUCGCCUUCAUGUGCCAUCACAACACAUUCCUGGUGUACCAGUCGAUGCGGAAUGCCACCAUGGAACGCUGGGAAAAGGUCACCCACCUGUCGGUCGGGUUUGCCUGGCUGGUGGCGGCCUGCUUCGGAAUCGCCGGCUACUGCACGUUCCGGGCACUUUCGCAAGGAGACCUGUUGGAGAACUACUGCUGGGACGAUGACCUGAUGAACUUCAGCCGGGUGCUGUUCUCGGUGUCCAUCCUGCUGACGUUCCCCAUCGAGUGCUUUGUGUCGCGUGAAAUCGUCCGAACGCAAAUCAAACGAUUCUACUCCCAGGAGGUCGUAGAGUACGACACCGACAAGGAUCCGUCCCACGCGACCGGCGGUGAAGAGGACGAGAAGGCGGUUACGACCACGUUGGUAAUCGUGUUUGCAGCGUUUAUCAUCUCGCCGUACACCGAGUGCCUCGGGCCGGUGCUGGAGUUGAACGGUCUCCUAGCGGCCAUUCCGUUGGCGUACAUCCUGCCCGGACUGGCCUACAUCCAGCUGAGCCCACACUCGUUGUUCAGCCAGGAAAAACUGCCCGCCGCUGGGCUGGUAGUCUUUGGGACCAUCGUGACCAUUUCCGGGGCGGCUCUGCUGAUGCCCAAUCUGAUGGGGGACUGCCGGACCGGCAUCAUUAUGGGCUACUGCCGGGACGACGAACUCUCGCUGAACGGAACGGCUUCCGCGCUGGUGGCGACUACGCCGGCGUGUGUUACCGAUAGGGUUUAAGAGGGCCCUGCCGAAGUACUUGUCAUUGAAAUGAACUUGUGAACACUUGUUACCAAAAACAUACAACCAAAAGCGAAUAUUUUCUGUUUGUGACAAUCUGUAGAACAGUAUACCAACUAAAUAACUAAAGUAUAUUCAACUUGUAGAGCAGAAAUAAAUGCUAAAAUACCAAAGCAAACGCAGCCAGCAUAAAAUCGAAGAGACAACAAUAUACUAUAAUCAUUUUAUUUUCCUAUGUUUGGGACCAAAAUCAAACAGAUAUCAAAUCUUAUAAAAUGAAAUGCUUGAAGCUUCCAAAAGGAAGCACACAACAAAGAAAACCAAAUCAAAAUAAACAGAAAUAUUAUGCUUGGUCUGUCAAAAGUAAGUUUAGUUGAAACAAUCUUAUGAGUUUAGCUAAUUAAAUAUUAGUACAAACGCUUUGCGUACCUGCGAAUCUACAAAUCACUUUUCUAUCACUAUUUUAGCAGUUUCAAUGAAAAUGCUUAUUUUUCUUCGAGAAACCCCAUACUGGGGCGAACACUUGAAUCAAACACUUAUAUACAGACUUACACCACACCACGACAAGGUAAACAUAUUUAGGGAAAACAAAAGUUAUAUUUUCUACAUUUUUGUACAUCAAUAUUUUUCGUCGAGCAAAACACACAACAAAAUUGUCUUUCAGCCAGCGACACGAAUAUGAUAAACGAUGCUUGGUCGAGAAUUUGCUUUCAGGAAGCGAUCAAUUUUGAGGAAAGAAAAAAAAACGACCAAAAGUGGCCGUUUCGAACGAACGAAAUUAUUAUGGGAACAGACACACGUGAACAAAGCCAUAUCGCAAAAGAGGCAUCUCAAGAUCGUUGAGUUUUGAGAGUGAUUCUCUUUGAUAGAAAAUACUUUCCGUCAGAAUGAGAGAAAUGUGUGAACAAUUUAGAGCAUUCAUAAAAUAUAUAAUGUUCAACAAACUUCUGAGCAUGAAGCAUAGCGUUGUAUCCAUAAUAAAUAUAAAAAUAUACAUAUACUAUACUAAAUAUAUAAAAUUUACACUAACCAGAGAGCUAUUCUAGAAGAAAUAUGAAAAAAAAACAAACCAAAAAAGCACUGAACUCGUACUGCACUCAGCCUAAUUGUAGAACUAUCAAUAUCCUCUUGAAAUGGAAAUCGCCUAGACUAAGUCAUUCUGUAAAACUUUGACACAAAAAUAGGAAAAAAAAAAACGUCCAACUCUUGGGAUGAAAUCGAUGUCGUUCAUUGAACUCUUUCCCGUUUAAACGAAAAUGCAUGCAAUUUUUAAGCCUAACUGUUAACGGCCUUUCUUUGAUACUUUACGUUCGUGUGUGUACAAAAUGAGCGACGACUAACACAAUUUUAUUUAAAAAAAAAAUACUAAUUCAACACGGCUAAUGAGUAAAGUUGAUCUCAUUUGAAAUUCUGUUAUGCUCAUCAAGA